UCUGGCUCGCGGACGGGCUUUAGGACCGCUGGGCGUGUGUGACUCCGCCGUAAGCCCCGUCUCUGCUGGUGCAGCUCGUUGUUCAGAGAGUCGUUUCGCCCAACAUGUGGUGUGGCAGUGGCGUCACUACACUUGCCGCAGUCACAAACAAAACCCACUGAGACCGAGACACCGCUUUCUGGCGAGAGCAAGGAAGUGUGACACGCGAGUAAAAGGUCAAGAGCGAUGAAAACCGAGGGGAUUGAGGGCACCGAAAGGUUUCUGAGCCCCGGUAAAGGCCGGGGACUCAAAGCCACAAAGCAUUUCAAAGUUGGUGAUCUAGUGUUCGCCUGUCCGGCGUAUACUUACGUGCUGACUGUGAAUGAGAGAGGCGGACACUGCGAAUGCUGCUUUACCAGGAGAGAAGGGCUGUCGAAGUGUGGAAAAUGUAAACAGGCCUAUUAUUGCAAUGUAGAGUGUCAGAGAGAAGACUGGCCCAUGCACAAGCUGGAGUGCUCGGCCAUGUGCGCAUAUGGAGAAAACUGGUGUCCAUCAGAAACUGUGCGACUAGUCGCCAGAAUAAUUCUGAAACAGAAGUGCCAAACAGAAAGGACUCCUUCAGAAAGAGUGUUGACUCUUAAAGAAUUAGAAGCACAUCUGGACAAGCUAGAUAAUGAGAAGAAUGAGAUGAACGAUACAGACAUUGCUGCACUACACCACUUUUACUCCCGACAUCUCGAUUUUCCUGAUAAUGCAGCACUUACAGAACUCUUCGCUCAGGUGAACUGUAAUGGCUUCACCAUUGAAGAUGAGGAGCUGUCUCAUUUGGGUUCUGCUGUAUUUCCAGACGUUGCUCUGAUGAACCACAGCUGCAGCCCAAAUGUGAUUGUGACUUAUAAAGGUACAGUGGCUGAGGUGAGAGCCGUGCAGGACAUCAGCCCUGAAGAAGAGAUCUUCAACAGUUAUAUUGACCUCCUGUAUCCAACAGAGGAUCGAAUUGAACGUUUGAGAGAUUCUUACUUCUUCACAUGUGACUGUAAAGAAUGCACCUCUAAAUCAAAAGACAAAGCCAAAAUAGAGAUCCGACAAAAGCUUAGCUCACCUCCAGAGGAAGAGGAAAUCAAGCAGAUGGUGAUUUAUGCCAGAAAUGUCAUUGAGGAGUUCAGGAGAGCGAAGCACUACAAAAACCCCAGUGAACUGUUGGAAAUCUGUGAACUAAGCCUGGAGAAAAUGGGUUCGAUCUUUGCCGAAACCAAUGUGUACAUGUUGCACAUGAUGUAUCAGGCAAUGGGAGUCUGUCUCUAUAUGCAGGACUGGGAUGGAGCAAUGAAAUAUGGCGAGAAAAUUAUCCAACCCUACAGUGUGCACUAUCCUCCUUACUCACUGAAUGUGGCUUCUAUGUACCUGAAACUUGGAAGAUUGUACCUAGGACUUGAGAAGAGGACACAAGGAGUUAAAGCUUUAAAGAAGGCUCUUGCAAUCAUGGAUGUUGCCCACGGUAAAGACCACCCAUACAUCGCUGAGAUUAAGAAGGAAAUGGAAGAGCAGAAAUAAUGGGAACACAUGGAGGAAUAUGCAUCAAAUGCUGGCAUGUGUCUUAUACCUCUCCUUGGAAUAUUAAAACAAAGUGAUGUCAAAA